GGGAGGAGGGGAAAGGGCGGAGGCAGGGACACGGAGCGGCGGGACACGAGGAAAGGGGGGAAGGGCCACGGGCCCGAGAGAAAGAGGAAAAGCAAGACGGCGGGGGGGAGAGCCCCGGAGGCCGCCACAGGACGGACAAAAGCCAAAACCGGAAGGGACAGCGACGAGAGAACGCGGAAGAAGCGGGACAAGAGGGCCAAGGAGAGGCGAGGCAAAGCCGGGGAGGAGACAAGAGGGCCGAAGAGCCGAAAGGGGGCACGGCCAAGAAAGAGGGGAAACGCGCAGCAAGGGGGCGAAGGAGGAGGAGGACAAGAAAAGACAAGAAGCGCACAAGCGCCAGGAAGAAGGGGGAAGAGGGCAAAAGGCGCGCAAAGGAAAGGUGGGCAGACAGGGAAGCGCGAAGGAGCAAAGGGCGGGGAGAGAGGAGGGAGCGGGGCAAAAAGAGGAGCCAAAAAGAAAGGAAGCGCAAAAGCCGACGAGGCGGACCAGCGGCAGGGGAGAGGAAGGGACGGCGAGGCGCGAGCACCGAGAGCGAAGAAGGGGGCAACAGACAAAGGAGGGAGGGAGCGAAAAGCAGAGGAGGCGAAAGGAAGGCCAAAGAGGAGGAGGGGCAGGAAGCGCGAAAGGCGGCGCGAAGGCCGAACAACCGGCAACCGCCAGGGCAGGAGAAAAGAAGGGGGAGGGGAGGACGGACGAACAGGGGCGCGGGGGGCAAAAAGGGAGAAGGGGAGGCGAAAAGGAGACAACAAAAAGGCGGCGCGGGAAAAGGCAGCGCGCGCAGAACACAAGAAGAAAAAGGCGAAGAAAAGAAGGAGGGGGCGACAAGGGCCGCAAACCCGGACAGGGGAAAAGAAAGGGCCGGAGCCGAGCGGGAGCAAGGAGCAAGGCAAAAAGGGGGAAGCGACGCCGAACAAAGCCGAAAGCAAAAGGGGCAAGCGCGACAAAAGAAAAGCGCGCGGGAGCAACGAACCAAACGAAAAGGAGGAGGGCGGAGGAGGCAGCAGCAAGCGAGGAAGGCAGGCGGGGAGGAGACGGCGGCGGGCAAGGGAGGGGAGGACAAGGGAAGAGGGCGGAGGGCGCGGGAAGCAGAGGAGAAGAGGGAACAGCGAAGGCGGGCAAGGCGGGGAAGGCGGGGCGGGAAGCGAGGGACAAGCGAAGGCGAGAAGGGCAAGAGAGGAGGCGCACGCAGCCGCAACGCAAGGAGCGCAAGAAGAGGCGAAGCGGGAAAAAGAAGAAAGGAAGAAAAAAGGGCAAGAGGCGGGACGGGAAGGGAGGAAAGGGAAGAAGGAAAAGAGGCAGCGGCAAGAAGAGGGGAAAGCAAGAGAGGGGAGAGAACAGAAGCGGAGAGCAACGAGGGCGACGGGCACGAAGGCGGCGAAAAGAGAGAGAAAAGGGGGAGCAGGCAAAAGCCAGCAGGAGAGAGAACCGGAAGCGGGGAGGACGCCACAGGGCGCAAACCCCGCAAAAGCGGACGAAGGCGACGACGACGGGAAAGAAGAAAGGGCAAGGGGGAAAAGGGGGAAAAGGAGCCAGAAGCAGGACAAGAAGACGCCAGAGGAGCGAGAGAAAGGGAGAAAACCAAAGAGGGGGGAGGGGCAGAGGGGGGGAGGCAAAGGGGAGGCAGAGGAAGGAGAAAGGCAGCGAAAAGCGGGGGAGGAGCGGGCAGAGGAAGGAAGGGGCGAGGAGAGGCACGACCAGCAAGGCGGGCAGAGGGGGAAGAAAAGAGCAAGGGGGGGGGAAGAAGCCAGACACGGGGGGGGGAGGAAAAAGCACAGAGCAAAAAGGGCGGCGGGACGAAGAAAGGGCACAAAAGGGGAACAAGGGGCAGAGGGAGGGGGGGGAGACGAAGGAGACGGGGGAAGAGGAGGGGGGGCAGGGAAGGGAGGAGGGGGAAAGGAAGGCGCGAGAAAAGCCCAGCCCGCAGCCAGAAGAAGGGGGGAAAGGCGGGGAAGAAGAAGGGGGGAGGACGGGGGGAGGAGGGAAGGAGGGGCCAAGGGGGAGCAAGGGACGGGGAAGGGGGGAAGCAAGGGCAAAAGAAGGAAAGGGGGAAAGGCGAACCAACGCCAGGACACAACAAAGGGAGCCACCCAGGACCAGGCACCCAGGGGAACCAGAGGGAAGAGGGCGCAAAAAGCACCCGCCAGAAGGAAGGAGGGGGAAGAGCAGGAAGGCGGGAAAACAAGAGCAGCGACCAGGGAAGCAGGGGGCACGGGGGAGCGAGCGCAAAGGGAACCAAAAGAAGGGACGAAGCCGCAAGGAGCCGGAGGGGAGAAAGGCGAGGCAAGAGAGCGAGCAAGGCAAAAGAAAGGAGGGGGGGGAACGGGGGCCAAGACCGCGAACCACAAGGGGGGAGGAACCAAAGGGGGCGGCCGGAACAAAGCAAACGAAGAAGGCGGGAGGGGGAGGAAGAAAGCAAGGCGCGGGGCAAAAGGAGACGCGCAAGAAGAAGGAAGAGAGGGGGAGGAAACGGGGCACCGGGGCCCGACGGGAAGCAAGCAGAAGGGGCCGAGCCGACGCCGCACACAAAGAGGGCACCGGGGAGCAAAGGGACGGGAAAAGCGCAGGCGGGAAGGGGCGACGCGAAGAAGAAGGGGAGGGCGAACAACCCCCAGGGGGGGAGGGGAAAAGGCGAAGGGGGAGAAAGGCGACAAACGGAAAAAGGCAGGGGAGGGGGGGAAACAAGCACCGCGAGCGGGGGAGGAGACGGGGCAAGGGGCGGGAGAAGCGGGGGAGGCACCAAAGGCCGGGGGGACAAAACGCGAGGGAGAAGGCAAGAGGGGGAGCAGAGGGGAGGAGGGCAAAGAGAGGGGGAGGAGAGGAGGGGGAAGCACGAACAAGGCGGGGGGGGAGAAAGGGGCGAAGCGGAGGCAGAAGAAAGGCGAAAGGAGCAGGAGGGGGGAAGGGAAGGACGGCGGGGGCGGACAAGGCAAACAACGGAAAGAAGGAGGAGGCAGCAAGCAAGCAAAGGACACCCGCGACGGGAGAAAGAAGGGGGGCCGGGAGGGAAAAGCAGCGAGCAAAAGGCCAAGGAGCACAGCAAGAAGGCGAGACAAAGAGGAAGAGGGAAAGGAGGGCGAGCAAACAAAAGAGAGAGGAAGGAGGGGGGCGCGGCGAGAGCGGACG